AUGGGCCCUGUUUGGCUCCUCUUGUUGCUGCUCACACCCCUUCUUUCAGCACAGGUUAGCAUAGUUUCUGAAUUGGGGACUACAGCUGAGUCAGAGGACCCAACGUCAUCCGUUGUGAGCACUACAGGGGAGUCGGGCACCCCCUACAGCCCUGAUCCCUCAGAGUCGGUCACGACCCCCUCGGAAGCCCUAGAGGAGGACUGGACGCCGACAGAGGUCUUUCUCUACAGCGGGGACGACUCCGUCUUGGAGAUAGUGGAGUGCGACCGGGCGUACAGUCUCACGGGUCAGAACGGCCCCCUGCCGGGGUUCUAUGGCCCCCUCCGACCGUCCAUGGACGCCCUGGCCAACACGGCCAACUUCCUCAACAUGAUCCUCCAGGCCAGCGACCUGCGAGAGAGCAGUGUGCGAGAGGACAUGGAUUGGUACCACGCCAUGGUGCGCGCCCUUCUGGAGGCCGACCCCCUCAUCCGGCAGGCCCUCCUCACCUUUGACGCCGACCCAGCCUCCACCGCCCCCCAGCUCGUGCUCCGCGCCUCCCGGAACCCUGCCCCCCCCAGGUACCAGAACAUCCUCCUCCAGGACCUCUCUAGCCAAUGGGAAAGUCUGCACCUCCCGGCCCCCGCACCCGACGACACCUGGUUCAGCAGUUUCAAGUUUCCCGCCUCCUCAAACCAGCCGACCUCAGCCCUAUCUAAAAGAGUCCUCCUCAAUGACCUCAGCACCCUGGACACGCCCAAAUGGGGGCAGGGCGAUAGCUACGUGACCAAUCGCAGCGGGGUGCGCUGGGCCAACGGGCCAUUCCUAGAGUGUGAGGACGGCCGCUUCCUGCCGGGCUGGCUGCUCACCCUAUCCACUUCCUUCUACGGCCUGAAGCCCGACCUCAGCCCUGAGUUCAGGGGUGUAAUCCGUGUGGAUGUAAACGUACAGGGCUUUGAUGUGAACCAGUGUGCCACGGGGGAUGCUUGGUUUGCCAACACACACCAGUGCAACCGCACCACCAUGGAGUGUAAGCCAAUCACAGGCCAGGGAUUCAGACUGGGCCAGUACUGCUGUCGCUGCAAAGAGGGAUACUACAGCCCCCCAAUGGAAGAAGGUGGUGCCCUGAACGGCAGCGGUGGGGAGGGGGGUGGCGUGUGUUACCCGGCCCUGCCCAUCUGUCUCCCCUGUUGGCCGGGCUGCAGGCGCUGCGAGGACGGCUCUCCCUGUUGGGUCGAGGAGGACCGGUUCCUCAGAGCCGGGGUGCUGGCCGUCCAGGGCUUCUUCAUGCUGCUGGUGUUCAUCAGCAUGCUGGUGGCCUACCAGUUCAGAUGCAGCAGGAGGAUUCGGGCAUCGGGUCUCCUGCUUUUGGAGACCAUCCUGUUUGGCUCUCUGCUCCUGUACUUCCCGGUUUUCAUCAUGUACUUCAAGCCCAGCACCUUCCGGUGCAUCCUGCUUCGCUGGGUGCGACUUCUGGGCUUUGCCAUCGUCUAUGGAACGGUAACACUGAAGAUAUAUAGGGUCCUCAAGGUGUUCCUGUCGCGCACAGCCCAGAGAGUGCCCUACAUGUCCAGCAUACACCUGCUGAGGUUGCUGGGAGUCAUGGUUGUGACCGUCAGCUGGUUCCUGUGUGCGUGGACCGCGGGCGUUCUACAGAACCGUGACCGUAACGUUCCGUUACUGAUCAUAACGACCACGUCAGAUGGUCAGGGGUUCAGCCUCUGUGACCUGGACCGCUGGGACUACAUGAUGGCCGUGGCCGAGCUGAUGUUUCUGUGCUGGGGCAGUUUACUGUGCAGUGCUGUGAAGCCAGUGCCCUCAGCCUUCCACGAGCCUCGCUACAUAGGUAUCGCCAUACACAACGAGCUGCUGCUAUCCUCCAUGUUCCACCUGCUACGGUUUGUCAUGCCCUCUCUGCAUCCUGACUGGAUGCUGUUGCUCUUCUUCACCCAUACGCACGUCACCAUCACUGUGACACUUGCCCUGCUCUUCAUACCCAAGUUCCUCCAUGUGUCGAGGGCGGGGAGAGAGGAGAUUGCAGAGGAGGUGUAUGAGGAUGAGGUGGACUUGCGGCGAUCCGGCUCGUACCUCAACAGCAGUUUUACCUCAGCAGUUUGGAGUGACCACAGCAUGGACCCCGAUGACAUUCGGGAUGAGCUGAAGAAAUUGUACGGUCAAUUGGAGGUCCACAAGACCAAGAAGAUGACAGCAAACAACCCCCACCUGCAGAAGAAGCGCAGCUCUCGGCGCGGGCUAGGCCGGUCCAUUAUAAAGCGUAUCACUGAGAUCCCAGAGUCCAUGAGCCGACAGUGCAGCCGCGACGGCAAAGAGGUUAACCUGGGCAGCAGGGAUGUUACGCACUCCGAGUCCUGUAAGAGAGCGCCAGAUACUUUUAGCAUAAAUUACAAAGACGAACCAGUAAAGCAGCCUUCACCGGUGCUGCGUAAAUCUCAAAGUGACUAUGACUAUGUAACCGAUAAAGACCCCUCCUUGCACGACUCCAUGUUAAGGGCGAAUCUAGCUAAGAGAUGCUCACAGCGCUCUGAGACAGACUCGCUGGAUAUCGCACCAUUGGUCUGUAAGUCGGCCAGUGCCCAAAACCUUACAGUCGAUAACAAUCUCCUGCUUCCUGGACCUACAAAGCUACACAAGUCACUGAGUUUAGCGUCCAGUAAAGCCCACAGUCUGGAAGACACCUACCGGGGAGGCAGAAAUACUCCAGGCGAGCAAAGGCAGUCCCAACAGGAUAUCGCUAUCAAGGACCAGACCUCAAGUGCCCUUGUGCAAUCCCAGUCUUAUGACAAAGCCGAAGUGUGUCCCUGGGAGCUGGCGGAGGAACGACCUGCCAAUAAGAACCAGCCACACGUUACCUUUGCUCCCUCCGAGGAAGAACCACAGAGCCCAGAGAGUAUAUCAUCACCAAUACUGAAACAUAUUUGCCCCUGGGACCAUUUACCAGUUCCUAACCCCGCAGAAAGUCCUGCUGGGGAUUCACAAGGGGGAGAGGCAGAUUGCGAGUCCCCGAGACCCCAGACUCCCAUCUCCACUAGUGUACCUGGGUCCCCAAAGGCCGCAAACGACAUGCGGGUCUUCUCCUUCCGCACAUCCACCCAGAAAUGGCUCUCUGUCAAAUCUUUCGUAGGAUCUGUGGAUGCAAGCAUCAAGGAAAAGGCCAAAAAGGAGACAGCAGGAGAUACGGUAAAGAAACAGGACUCAAUAUCACGAAAGAGCCAGGGGAGUGUUGCCGCCAUCGCCGUCAUCGCAGCAUUAAAAUUAAAAACUCCAGGCACAGAAGCGAAAUCGCGAAGUGUUUCAAUCUUGGAGAAGAAAUGUGGUGUUUCAAGCGUGGACAAGAGGACACAGCAAAAAAGAAGUAUGACGACAGGAGAUGUGAAACCUGUCCUCGUGAAACAGGCUGCAAUCAGACUGUCCUCAAGUGAUUCCUCUGAAAGAAGUCCAAGGAGAAUAGUGGUUGUACAGUCCACUGUCUAUCCCUGGGACUCAGAGGACAUGCAAAAGGACAGUGUGUAUGAAAACGUGUUCAUCUCAAGGGAAAACACUGCACAUAGCACAGCUAAGACUCCUUCCACUCACAGAAGAGGUAGCCAAAUUAGGCCUGCUCUGAGUGUUUCCCAAUCCGAGAUUUGCCCAUGGGAUGUUCCUGCUUCCUCCCAGCAGGCCCCACAGAGACAACAGAGCACCACAGCAGACAUCUGCCCGUGGGAGGUGGAGGAACCAGAGGAGGAUCCAAAGGCGCCUGCACGUGUCAGUGUAUGUCCUUGGGAAUCAGAAGGAGUAUUUAAAAGACAGGAGAGUGUCCGGGGAGAUGUGUGCCCUUGGGAAGCUGAUGUUUCUGCCAUCCCAAUUACCUCAGCAUCCAAACAGUCUGAGAAGAAACCAGAGGGUCUGAACAAGAAAGCAAGAGAUGUAUGUCCUUGGGAAACUGAUGAAACCCCACAGAUUUCUCACGGCCUGAAACCCCAAAAGAGUGUACGGGUUGAUGUCUGCCCUUGGGAUGUGGGGGAUUCCUUCCCUGACAAAGUAAAGGUGCCGAUUAUUUAUGAAAAUGUUAAUCCACAGGAGGACAAGGGAUUACGUAAUGCGCCACCAAAAUGUCAGGAGACAAUACAUGCCAAUGUCUGUCCAUGGGAAUCUGAAGAGACACCAAAAUCCCAAGACGAUGUACAAACAAAAAGCACAGAGAAAGCUAAAUCUGCAUCUGAAAAACUAAGUGUCCCAUUAGCAAAAGCAUGUCCAUGGGAAUUCCCUGACCCACAGAAAGAUUUGACAGUGCUUUGUCCUUGGGAAGAGGAGAGUACAAUACCACCCAUAACAAUAAAGAUCACCAAAAGAUCAUUUUCCCAGGAGACAAAAACAGACAUUUGUCCAUGGGACAUUGGAGACCAAGAAAAGACAGAUGGAAAAGACGGCCCUUGUACAAAUGUUUGUCCUUGGGAAACUCAAGGCAGAACUCAAGCUGAUCCAAAAAAGACUGACAGCAUCCGAGUAAAUAUUUGUCCUUGGGAGACUGAGAAACCAGAGAAAACAGAGCAGCAAGACAGCAGUCCGGCUAUUGUCUCCAUAGAAACAGGAAAGACUAAAAGACAAGACAGCCUUCUAGCAGAUGUUUGUCCUUGGGAAACUGGGGCAAAUGAUGAGCCAGACAAAACAAAAAGACGAGAUGGCACUCAAACGGACGUUGGUCCAUGGGAAACUGAGGAGCCAAAAAAGACAGAGGAGAAAGAUGGUGUCAAAGUUGAUGUUUGUCCUUGGGAACCUGGAGAGACUGACAAGACAAAUGGACAAGACAGUACUGAAGCAGAUAUCUCCAAGGAAACACAAAAAGAGAAAAGACGAGACAGUGUUCAAGUUAAUAUUUGUCCUUGGGAAACUGAUGUCCCCGAAGAACCAGAAAAGAUGAAAAAGCAAGACAGUGUUGGGGCAGAUGUUUGUGUAUGUGAAACUGGUCCAGCUGAAGAGUCAGAAAAUACUCAAAUCCAGGACAGCACCAAGGCAGACAUUUGUCCAUGGGAGACCAGGGAUCCUAUAGAACCAGAGAAGAUAAAAAAGCAAGAAAGUGUUCGAGAAGACGUUUGCUCAUGGGAAACUGAUGAACCAGAAAAGUCUGCAGAGAAAGAGGAAACUAUCCUUGCCAGCGGCAGACAGUACGUCACAGAGACCCAGGGUGCACUCUCUAUGGAACAGGGUGACGCUGCAGAACCUGCAGCCGGCAGCCCACAGGGUGCAGAGGCAGCCAAAGCUAACGUGCCCCUGGCUCGGCGUGAUGCUAUGUGCCCUUGGGAGAUGGAAGAGACCAAACCACCAUCAUCCCCCUCAUCCAUCACAGAACACGACAAUAACUCUGACAUUUUUACAUGGGAUCCUGAAAACAUUCCUGAAGAGGAAGAGGAGGAAGACGAUGCCGAAAGUGCUGCAGAAGCCUUCGUCUUCCCAUCCGACUUGUAAAUGCCAGGCCUGUCAGUUACUGGCUGGAACAAGAAUUUCUCAAGUGUGUGGUUACACCUGAUUCACUGACUGGGUCACUGUGCAAAGAUGCCCUAUAGCAGGGGGGGUAAUGAAUCGGACAUGACCUCUGCACUCCUGAAUGUAGCAAAGGCGCCCUGGACUGUCCAUCCAUAACACUCCCCAGAAAGACACUGCUUCACAAGCAAUACACCCCUGGGCCAGGAUCUGCAAAUGCUCUUCCACCAGAGGUACAUCCCCCCCCCAUCCGGAUGCAGUCCCUCUUCUUCUUUCCACUUUGACCCAAUUUUAGAUAAUGAAUAUUGUUUUUUUGUGUCUCUUUGUGUGUUUAUAAGUGACAACGUGCUCUUCUGUAAUCACACAGUUAAAACCCCAUCGCCAUGGCUAUAAAAGGUUGACAAUGUGUUUAAAAAAAUAACAGCCCGAGCCUUACAAAGCUGGCGAUAACUCCUUAUAGACACACGGGGAAAUAAUCUACACUAGCUCCUUCAGCUUAACUGGGAAGCACAUCCAGCAUUUUUGUAAAUCACUGAUUACAAUGGUGGUGAUGCAUGUCCUUUUGUUGCCUGCUAUAAACACAUUCCAAAUACUUUAAGGACAGCUUUCCAGCUGUAAUAUAAAUCUGUGCUUUUUCAAAGUCAAUUGUGUCAAUUAGACAGUCGUGGCUACAAGGACAUCAAAUGUAACGUCCUGUAGAUCAACAUGAUCACGUCCCCACAGGCACAGUGCUAAUAUUAAUAAUAUAAUACAUCGAACUUUAACAGAGAACUUAAAAUCGUUCUAAUUCAAUACUGAUUGAGCUAUAAUCUGUUAUUUUGAAUAAUUUACAAUAGCAAUUUUAUUAGCGGAAUAAUAAAUAUAUAUUUAAAAAAACUACGUGUGUGCAUUUUGAGGAUGCACGACCCAAACUUUUUUCACAUUCUUUUUUUUAAGCAUACAACUCAACUUGGAAACAGUUGCCCUAAAAACAACUGCACCUCAGUAUAGUCCCGCUAAAACUGUACAUAAGGCCCUUGUCAUUGAUUUAUUCACCAUUUCCAUGCUUUAUUUACCAAAUGUAUCCAUCCAUAUUUGCCACAUCUCCUCAUUCAGUGAAAAUGAAAAUUUUGUGCAGUGGUGAUAUCGUCUUCAUGCUUUGCCUCGUGUUAUCCGCAAUGGACCAACUUCGUUUUGUGAGUGUUUUUUUGAUGCAUGAAUGGGUGUGCUGUCUUUUUGUUAAAUAGAAUCAAAUACCAUCAUCAUUACACAAUGCAUCCUUUUUGUAUGCAUGUUGAAAAUU